ACGCGGCUGAGCUCGCCCAGAAUGGGCAGCAGUAGCCGGAGAAAGCCGCCGCCGCCGCCGGCGGCCGCACCCCAGCAGCAGCGCCCCGGGCCGGGGGGAGGUGGGGGCAGCCACCUGGCCCGGACCGCCGCGGCCCGGAGGGCGGUCAACAAAGUGGUGUACGAGGACGCCAGUUACUGCACGGAAAGCAGCUUCAGGAGCUAUAGUACCUACAGCAGCACUCCAGAAAGUGGUAAAAUAGCUGUGGAGUACAGACCCUGUGAAGAGAUUGUAGAUGUCAGAUGGGAAGAAGAACUACACGGUUUAAUUCAAGUAUGUGGAGAUAAAAACUCAAAGGUAACAGGGCCGGGUGCGGUGGCUCACACUUGUAAUGCCAGUGCUUUGGGAGGCCGAGGUGGGUGGAUCACCUGAGGUCAGGAGUUCAAGAUCAGACUGACCAACAUGGAGAAAUGGUGGCGUAUGCCUGUAAUCCCAGCUACUCAGGAGGCUGAGGCAGGAGAAUCGCUUGAACCCGGGAGGCGGAGGUUCCAGUGAGCCAAGAUCACACCAUUGCACUCCAGCCUGGGCAACGAGAGUGAAACUCCACCGCAAAAAACAAACAGGCCGGGCGCUGUGGCUCACACCUGUAAUCCCAGCACUUUAGGAGGCCGAGGUGGGCGGAUCAUGAGGUCAGGAGUUCAAGACCAGCCUGGCCAAUAUGGUGAAACCCCGUCUCUAUUAAAAAUACAAAAAUUAGCUGGGUGUGGUGGCAGGCACCUGUAAUCCCAGCUACUUGGGAAGCUGAGGCAUGAAAACCGCUUGAACCCAGGAGGCGGAGGUUGCAGUGAGCCGAGAUCAUGCCACUGCAUUCCAGCCUGGAUGACAGAGCAAGACACUCUCUAGAGGAAAAAAAAGAAAAAAAGAAAAACAACUCAAGGGUCGGAUAACAUAGCCAAUGUAACCAUAAUUCAAAACAAGCAGCAGAAUUUGGAGGAUAAUUUGUUUCAUUCUCAGGAAAAUGUGAAACUGAAACUGCUUUUUGAGUGCAAGGUAUUUCUGGGGCUUUUCCUAAAGUCUUGACCCUUGGCUCUGACCCCUUAUUUGAAGUUUGGAGAGCAGAACUGAGGACUGGAUUACUACAGUUGUGGACACAGGAGAGGGGUUAGUCUCCCCCCGCUCUAGGAGUAAGGGAUGCUGGGCUGCUUGAACACAGGCCUUUUUAGAACUCCCUUCAAACAGGAUCCCAGAGAUGUGGGGAGAAGGUAACUGGCCUUAAGAAUGAUGGCACCACAGCUUUCAAAAACUAUAAUGCCUUUCAAAUAUGGCUUGUUACGUGGAUCUCAAUAUCUCCCAUGUAUCUUGGGUGGAAUAUUUUGCUGAAGAUUUUUCUGUCAAUCAUUUACAAUCAUGUGCUACAAAAUGAGGUUUGGGUCAACAAUAGACCGCAUAUAUGAUGGUGGUUCCCUAAGAGUAUAAUGGAGCUAUCCCUAUAUAGGUAUACCAUUUUUAUCUUUUUUUUUUUUUUUUUUGAGAUGGAGCCUCACUCUGUUGCCCAGGCUGGAGUGCAGUGGUGCAAUCUCAGCUCACUGCCACCUCCACCUCCCGGGUUCAAGUGAUUCUCCUUCCUCAGCCUCCUGAGUAGCUGGGAUUAUAGGCACGCACCACCACACUCAGCUAAUUUUCGUAUUUUUAGUAGAGACUGGUCUUUGCCAUGUUGGCCAGGCUGGUCUCAAACUCCUGACCUCAGGUGAUCUACCUACCUCGGCGUCCCAAAGUGCUGGGAUUACAGGCAUGAGCCACUGCACCCGGGCCCCAUUUUUAUCUUUUACACAGUAUUUUAACUAUAUAUUUUCCAUGUUUACAUACACAAAUACCUGCCAUUGUGUGACAGCUGCCUUUAGUAUUCAGUACAGUAACAUACAGUACAGGUUUGUAGCCUAGGAGUCCUAGGCCAUACCGUGUAUCCUAGGUGUGCUGUAGGCUACACCACCUAGGUUUGUGGAAGUAUACGCUAUGAUGUUAGCACAAUGGUGAAAUCACCUGAUGACACAUUUCUCAAGCUCCUCACAUGGCGAGAAAUGCAUGACUGCACAUGAAAGCUCUUAAAUAGGGAUUAAGUUUCUAAAUUAAUCUCAAAACAGUCAUUAUUUACCAUUUAUGGAAUUUUUUUUUUAAAGAGCAAAAGUAUCAUUUCAGUGGGAACUUAACUUGGGGCUACAGUGUUUUAUUUAACUUUUACCCCAAAGUUGCAAAGUGUUUUGAAAUUUUUCCCUGUAAAAUAAUUAUUUUAAUUCAAUUUAAAUUAAAUCCACCAAGGAAACUUCAAGCUUUAAGAAGUCUAGCUUCCUGUGAAAUGUGAGGGGAAGUCAGCACUCAUUUCAGAAAUCUGAUUAUAACAGUGGAUCCAUCCCUAAAUGAGGUGAAUCUUGGAAUCUCUUCAAUUUUAUUUUAUUUUUUUGAGAUGGAGUUUCUCUCUUG